AUGCCUCUGCCACGCUAUGAGUACACCGGUCCUGUGGACCACACCGUCAAACCGGAUCUUAGCAAGGUCACAGGCAAGUCGGUAAUCAUCACAGGUGGCGCCAAUGGCAUCGGCGAAGCCUGUGUUCGACACUUUGUCGCAGCUGGAGCUUUCGUAACUUUCGCAGAUCUCAGCGAUCGUGGGCCUGUCGUCGAGAAGGAACUGAACGCACAAGGCGAGACUUGUGCGUUCGUCAAAUGCGACAUCAGGUCGUGGGAGGACCAGAAGAAUAUGUUUGAGACGGCAAAGUCGCGAAGUCCCAGUCACAGCGUCGACGUUGUCAUAGCCAACGCUGGCAUCAGUCGUAGUUCUGGAGACAGCCUUUGGAAUUUGGACGACCCCAAUGGCGAGCCGACAAAGCCAGAUCUCAACAUUGUCAACGUCAACUUGAACGGUACUUUGUACACUUGGAAGCUUGCGGUGCACUACUUCAGAAAGCAAGCGGAGAGUGAUGAACGAGAUCGGUGCUUCAUCAUGACGGGCAGCAUGGUAGCAUGGAUUGACUCGCCAGGCAAUUGGGAAUAUACAGCGACCAAAUACGCCCUGCGAGGAUUCAUGCGAACAGCCCGCCGGUCCAGCUUUGAGCAAGGCAUCCGCAUCAACUACGUUGCACCAUGCUGGAUCAAGAGUGCGAUCCGCUCUGCCGAGUAUGAGAAGUGGCUGAUUGACCGAGGAGUCGAAUUUGGAGAGCAGGCAGACUGCGCUGGCUGCAUGAUGCGGAUUGCUACGGACAAGACUAUCAACGGACGGUCUUUCAUGAUCACCCCACGAUCGAUUGCCGCGGAAGGUUUUAUUGACGCGGAUCGCGAGGAUUACGCUCCCGAAGGACCAGAUGAAUACCUUGCGAAACUGCAAGCCUCACAGCUGGUUGUCAUUGAGGACAAAUGGCUCGACGGCUAUCCGACGAGGGUUCAAAAGAAUUAG